AUGAAGCACGCAACAACUUCUGCUACUCUGGGCGGCUCUCGGACGCUAAUGGAGUACCACUGCCACACCAAGGUCAUCGCAAUGGACUAUACUUACAAGACCAUUAAAUACAAUCUCCCUCUUCUCAAUAUUCUAUCGCUGACUGUCCGUACAGUAAUCCAAGGUUUCCGCUUUGAUAAGCAGGUGGCACAUGAACAAAACAUUGCCAGCAAGUUCCGACACGUUCUAGGAGAAAUCACAGCUGACACUCCAGCUCUUGAGGGCAAAAUUAAGGAGGGCCAUUUGGAAGGAGAGCCAUUUCAACAGAAAGGACGACUUGUCAGACAGAAAAACGACACUCAGGCAUUGUUCGACUUCAAGUAG